UUUAAUGCUUUUCUAGCCUGUCCACUGCCCACUGCCCUCCCCUCUCCUUAAAUUUCUUUGCCCUCAACUUGUAUACAUCGUCUCGUUUUUGCUACGAGAUCCUGUUAAGAAGCUGCUGAUAGAGGUUUAUAAAAUUUUAAAAAGAAAAGGCAGCAGUGCUUCCAAUAUAUAUGAAACCAAUGUUGCAGGCAAUGAUGAUCUUGAUGUUGAAGCUCUAAAGGGUCUCUCUCUCUGCGCUGUGCUCUGAGCUUAAUUAUCCUUCACCCACCUCCCCUUCCUCUCCAUUAAUUUUGUAAGUGUAGAGAGAGAGAGAGAGAGGACCCUCUUGGUUGCAAAUUGCAUCAAGUCCCUUUCCUUGAAGUUUUGUGGUUUGUGUGUGUGGGUGUCUGGUGCAAGUAAUAUAUCAAGCAAAAUAGUCAGAUUUGGUUGUGUUGUUUGUUUUACCAGUAAUGGUCAAGUGCUUCUGCAUCUUCUAGCAGCUGCUUCUAGCUUUUUCUUUCCAUUGUCUCUCAUCUCUGCCACUGAAUGAGAUAAUAGCAUGGGGACUACUACUACUCUUGGUGGAAGGAACAAGAGAGAAAAGCACUUGUCACCUGUUCUUCUUCUGAAGCACUUUUUUCUCAUCAGCAUAUUUUUCCAAAAUUUUUCACUUUCUGUGGAAGCUGCUUAUUCUGGAAAGCUGAAAUACACAAGGCAUAAUAAGCAAGUUAGCAGCUUGAGACUGGAAAGGAUUGAGAAGCACUUGAACAAGAUCAACAAGCCAGCUGUUAUGACCAUUCAAAGUCCAGAUGGAGAUAUCAUAGAUUGCGUUCAUAAAAGAAAACAGCCAGCUUUGGAUCACCCUCUUUUAAAGAAUCACAAGAUCCAGAGAAAGGCACCAGAAAGGCCAAAAGCAGUAGUAACAAAGAAGAUGAAGCAAAAUAAUGAUGACGAAUUAGAUGGGAUUAAGGAUAAUAAUAAUGUGAUUAAUGCCACUGCUAAUCAAGGAGGAGGAGGAGUGAUUAAGGGUGCAUGGGUACUGCAGCAAAUGUGGCAUAGAAAUGGGACAAGAUGUCCGAGAGGAACGGUUCCUAUACGGCGGAGCACAAUGGAUGAUGUGCUGAGGGCCAAGUCUUUGUUUGACUUUGGGAAGAAACAGCAUCGUACCAGUUUUAAUAUUAAUAAUAAGAAUAUUACUGCUGAUCUUGCUUCCAGACGAGUCGAUGCCCCCGAUGUGGUCAGUGGGAAUGGCCAUGAGCAUGCAAUCGCGUACACUGGAACAUCCCAAGAGUUAUAUGGCGCUAGGGCUACAAUCAAUGUUUGGACCCCUUCGAUCGAACAGGUAAACGAGUUCAGUCUCUCACAGAUUUGGGUUCUUUCCGGGUCGUUCGACGGCACAGAUCUCAACAGCAUAGAAGCUGGAUGGCAGGUCAGUCCGGAGCUCUAUGGUGACAGCAGACCUAGAUUGUUCACUUACUGGACGACAGAUUCAUAUCAAGCAACUGGGUGCUACAAUCUUCUGUGUUCCGGAUUUAUCCAAACAAACAGCAGGAUAGCUAUUGGAGCUUCCAUUUCCCCAGUCUCAUCCUAUGCCAGCAACCAAUACGAUGUCACCAUUCUUAUAUGGAAGGAUCCAAAGCUAGGAAAUUGGUGGAUGGGAUUUGGAGACAAUACCCUGGUAGGGUACUGGCCAGCAGAGCUAUUUACACACUUGGCGGACAAGGCAACUAUGGUGGAAUGGGGCGGCGAGAUUGUGAACUCGAGGGCCAACGGCGAGCACACCGCCACCCAAAUGGGGUCAGGUCAUUUCGCUGAAGACGGGUUUGGGAAAGCAAGCUAUUUUCGAAACCUAGAGAUUGUGGACUCGGACAACAGCCUCAGCUCGGUCCGGGAUGUGUCAACUUUGGCUGAAAAUACCAAUUGCUACGACAUCAAGAGCUCCUACAACAAUGAAUGGGGCACUCACUUCUACUAUGGUGGCCCCGGGAGAAAUGCACAAUGCCCAUGAUGACAUCAUCAUCACCAUCACCAAUGAUAUAUUUGAGUACCAUAUUAUUAAUUGAGUAAUUGGUCUAGUUUAGUUAAUUAAUUCCUAUAAAUAUAAGCAAAUUCUUUUUAAUUAUUAUGUAAUUACAGAUGUGCUCCUUCCACUCUUGUUUCUGCUAUUCCGGGCCACAGUUUUCAUUUUGCAAGGAAGGAAGCUAAAGUUAGCUAGGGUUGUGUAUUAUUAGCUAAAUAAGGCAAACUAAGAAUUGCACAAACAAGCAUGGAAAUAGCAAACUUUGUUUAGAAUUCA